AUGUCGGAUUCGGAACAUGGACGACUUCCCAAAAGGUCGCGCGCAAGCGAGGUGGCCCGAGGGCAGAUGACUUCAAGCGAUGGUGUCCGUAUCAAACGCCGCCGUACAUCUACAAUUGACGAUGAAGCGAGCGCGACCUUGAGGUCCAAUAUGGCGGAGUCACCGAGGACAGCAUUGUGCGCCGGUACUCCUGCGGAGGAUAUUCCUGAGGCUUGCGAAGGCGAACAGACGAAUACCUCAUUUACUAAUUGGUUCCUGUCUGAUGUCGUUGCUGGAAAAUUCGGUCAUGCAAGUCCUCUAUUCACUUCAGAUGAUGAGUACCUUUUCCUAGGUCUCGAAACAUCGGUCCAGAUCUAUUCUGUCACAACUUCGCGUCUUUUUCGCACCCUGAAGUUGAAGCCCUGCGACAAUGUCAUUGGCUACAAGCUCUCUCCAUCAAACUCGGAUCAUCUUUACGUGUUCAGCUCGACUGGCUCUGUGAGCAAAUGGGAAUGGUUUUCCGGUCAACAACUUCCGUACCAGGCUGCGUGCCGGCCAACGAUCUGCGUCGACGUUUGCUCAGACAUUUCUGAAAGCGACGCUCUAUUUUUCAUCCACGACUGCGAAGAUUCGAAGAAGGAGAUUGCCCUUCGGCGCUCAAACGAUGAAGACCCUCGCCCUACUUCCCUGCUCACCACCAAUGCCCAGCUCACCCAUCUCAGAGUUGCAUAUCAGGGUAGAAUCUUGGUUGCCUUCGGAGGCCAGAAUGUUCUUCUCGGGUCUCUUGUACCCAGUCAAGACUCGAAAACCGUCCAGUAUACCUGGAGCGAGUUGACUUUGCCGACCAGUAUCACAUCGGCCGAUAUUCGACAUCGCGCAGCCUCGCAACGAGCAGGCACCUCGGGGGUCAAAGAACGGGCAGCCUUGGGGAACCUUGACCUUGUGCUGGGGGAAUCCGGCGGUUCGAUCAUGAUCUACAAUGACAUCUUGAAUUCUUUACAGAACGAGAUUGGCAGCGGCAAAGGUCUUACACCCAGACGGCUGCACUGGCAUAGGAGCUGUGUCAAUGUGGUGCGUUGGUCAAAGGAUGGGAACUAUGUCAUUUCUGGUGGUAAUGAAUCAGUAAUGGUUCUGUGGCAAUUGGACACAAGCCGAAAGCAAUUCCUACCCCAUCUCUCGUCACCAAUUUGCAACAUUGCUCUUUCCAUGAGUGGGAGCCUUUACGCUGUCAAAUUAGCAGAUAAUUCUACCGUUGUGCUGUCAGCUCGAGACUUACAACCAUUAACUACUAUAACGGGCCUACAACUGUGCUCAAUUCCGACCAAACCCCAUAGUCAGGUCUCGACCAAGAAGCUUGUGUUAGCUGGCGCUAUAGCUGCUGCGCUACAUCCGAAGCACCCUGAUCAACUCCUCUUGACUGUUCCAGCCUCUUGUCAAGUUACUCAGGAGGGUUAUACUCUGGCGAACGCUUGUACACUUCAGACCUACGACAUACGCACGAAUAGCCAUAUCUCACGACAAGCUCUCGCGCGUACUAAUACAACGACUUUGAGAACCAGCCCAGAUGGCUCAUACAUCGUUGCGCCAGACGUGAGUCACUUGCGUAUCACUCGAGACGGAAAGUGGAUGGCAACUAUCGAUAGUUGGAGCCCUUACGCAAGAGAUGUGCAGGCCCUUCAUCCCGGUGAAGCUCAUGAUGGUCGCAUUUUCACCGACAAUCAAGAAACAUAUCUCAAAUUCUGGAGAUGGAAUAGUCUAUCCACAAUGUGGGAAUUGGUGACUAGAAUCGAUGCUCCCCAUUUUUCCAGCAAGGGUGCUGCGCGUGUUCUGAACCUUGCAGUCCGAACUCUUGCCCACGAAUUUGCAACCAUCGGUGCUGAUGGAGUGCUGCGCUUUUGGUGCCCAAGCGUCAGACAACGUAGUGGCCUGAAGGCCGCAGAUACCGAACAGCUGUUGGAAACUUGGAAAUGUCGAAGUGCCAUUGAUUUAAAGAGCUACAUCGAUGUGGAUCAGUCUACAAGAGUGGGUGCAGCCUACAUGGAUUAUUCGCAGGAUGGAUCGGUGCUCGCUAUUUGCUUGAAAUCGACAUCGUCUCUAAAUCCCGGGCUUACACUAUUAAUCGAUGCCCAGAGCUGUUGCAUCCGCUAUAGUAGGGUUGGGUUACACGCAGGAGAUUUUUGUGGGGCGGCAUUUCUAGGUCCUCAGCUCCUUAUUACUUCAGCACGGUCUGUGUUCAUUUGGGAUAUUGUGAAUGAUUUCGUGAGAAACCUUGGCUUAUCUGAUGCUGCUGAAAAUACUCAGCCAUAUCCAUCACGCCUGCUUGCGGUCAGUGUGGAAACUAAAACAUUUGCCAUUGCCACACAAGUUCAUCAGCACAAGAACACUGCGUCAAAGAAACGCCGAAGAGCCCAACCUCACAUACAAGUCUAUGACAUCGAAACUCUAAAUCUACUUUCUGAAAAUAUGCUUGACAGCUCGCCUGUUGCUCUACUUUCUGAUAGACACUCCGCUGAUUAUGUCGUUGUCGAUGCUACAGCCAAGGUGCAGAGGUUCAGCUGUUUGGGUUCAGCAAUUCAAGCAACACAUACAAACUCACCUCAUAUUCAGCUUGAGACUUCGGGACUAGCAGGUCUAUUUGGACAGCAAGGCCAUGGCGGUCUCGGCAAUAUGCAGCAGUCAGCUACAGCGCCUAACAGUCUGGGAAUUUCUUCGCAGACACAGCUGGCUAGUGUUUUUGGCGACAUCCCACCAUUUGUCUUGCCUUCAGCCAACCUCCUCUUCCGUGAUGUGGUACAGGCACUCUCUGCAUGAGAAUGUACCUAAGAAUGUAUACACUUAGUGAAAGAUUUAUUUUCCCGCCACAGAUCGUAUCAUAUCAAGUCUAUAUGUGCUAUCACCGCAUAACUAUAUAUGGCUCAUUAUUCUACCUGUCCAGGGAGGGUUUCAAAUUGAGUAUCUCUGAGCAAAUUGCGCACGAGACGACAACUCAGAAGAAUUUCCAAACAGUGUAUUGAAUCACUGACAAGAAACAAACAAAUAGACAAAUGCUAUAUGUAUAUACUUUCAGUUCUUAUGUAGAUUCAGGUUAGGCCUUUAUCCAUGUUUCAGUUCCUAGUAGGAUCAAUUUCGUCGUACCAGGGAUAUAAAAUUGUUCCCAA